AUGUCGCAAUCCGAGGACUUCUAUCAGAAAUUGAAUUCGAGAUCGAGGCAGAUUCGUCUUCUCACAUUAGAGCCUGGUAAAUGGACAAGGGCUAUCCAGUGCACAUUGAGGCAAACCCCGUUAUCCAGUGCAGGACAAUAUGAAACUCUCUCUUAUGCCUGGGGAGACCCAGCUGUCACCAAGACCAUUAUUGUAGAUAAGAAGCCCUUCCAAGUCACGGUAAACCUUGCAUCGGCACUCCGUCAUCUCCGCCGUGACACUCCUCGUACGAUGUGGAUUGACGCCAUAUGCAUCAACCAAAUGGAUUUGGAAGAGCGCGCAUCGCAAGUGAGCUUUAUGCGCGAUAUCUACCAGCGAAGUAUCUCGACAGUUAUAUGGCUUGGUGAGGGCGAUGAACGCGUCAAGUCAUCAUUCAAGCUUGCUCGAAGAUUUCGCCAGAAAAAUCGCGAAGAUCGUCCGUGGCAUCCAAAGAGCAUUCUGCUCCUUCACAAACUAAUUGGGAACAAACAUGGGUAUCGAAGCUUAGAAUUUCUGACUACUGAGGUGCUGAUGCGACCUUGGUGGACCAGAGCAUGGGUACUGCAAGAAGCCGUGGUAUCGAAACGUCCAAUAAUUAAAUUUGGACAUGAGGAAAUCGAGUGGUACUACUUGUGGUGGCUUGCCAGUGGCCUUGUGGGUGGCAUGAACUCGCGCUUCUUGUCUGCUCCAGAAUCCGCUGGAACGUUAAAGGAAGUACUUAAAAUUCAGAAAAUGAGAGUUGCGCUCAAGCAAAAACGCCAAAUUCCGCUUGCACAGCUGGUUGCUUGGAAUAGACGGCAGCGGUCUACAGAUGCCAGGGAUAAGAUAUUUAGCCUUCUGGGCCUAGUGUCGGACACACCUGUGUACUGUCUAAGACCCAAUUAUUCCGCGAGCAAUAAGCUGGUGAAUGUGUGUCUUGGCCUUGUGGAGCAAUCUAUCGGGGAGGGAAGUCUGAAUAUCAUCUGUAUGUGCCAGGGAAGCGAGAAGCCCAACUGGCCAUCUUGGGUACCUGAUUGGGAUGUUCACUCAAGUCAGAACGCUGAGAUUGCACACCCCUUGAUAAGCUCCUUGGCUGAUCAAGGCAGAACAGAUAUAGCUGGUUGGAACAAUGGACCUUUAAGUUCUGACUACGAUGCAUCUCGGUCACUGGCGCCCAAGUACAACUUACUUCGGAGCCCACUGGCUUUAAGAGUAGCGGGUGUUUGUGUCGACACCAUUCAUCGACUGGCGGAGACUGACCAUCCGGAUAAACGCAAGCAAUGGUGUUCAAAAAGGCCGGAUCCAUGGGAGAACCUCCUAUUGUCGUAUUUCCGAUGUCCCUCCAUCAUCAGACAAGUUUCAAACUGGAGAUAUGUGGGCAAAGAAAGGAGGCCGUGGGCAAGAAAUGUGCUUUUAUAUGCGAAGGAGACUUAUCAAGAUGUGCGCGCGUUGAUGCAUGAAGUAAAGAGAUCGGGAUACGAGUGUGGAUACGUCAGCGGUGGCUCGUUCGCGAACGCAUACUUUCGGACACUGAUUACCGAUGUAAUGUUCACCGGUAAUAGAAAAAAGGGUGUCUUUGACCCUCUAUAUGCUGAUCUUCAAGCUGGGAGUGCUGUUGGAAGAGGCGAUAAGAACACUGGAUUCGAGGAUACUGGCGAUUGUCUUAACGGAGAUGUGGGAAGAAGCUACGUAUUCGCGAUAACUUGCGUAUCCACCAUCAAGCGGGCAACCUCAUAUCGUCGACUGAUGAUCUCUUCGAAAAGAUAUAUAGGCCUGGUACCAGCAAAGGCUCAAGAAGGAGACCUCAUAUGCGUUCUCUUCGGUUGUUCCGUUCCUGUUAUCCUACGCAAGCAAGGGAAUAACUAUACCUUCAUUGGGGAGAGCUAUGUACAUGGGAUUAUGGACGGCGAGGCAAUCGAGAUGAUGCAUGAGGGGCCCUUGGUGGAAGAGGAGUUUACUCUGCUAUAA